UACUUGUACGCUACAUUUAUCUGUCCCUCCAAGAUGGCGGCCAAACGGUGCGUUCAGACGUUUUAGAAACAAAGAAAUAUAGUGCUUAAUAUGAAGAUGUUUUUGUUGGCUGGAUUUAUGUCUGUUGGUCUGCUACUUACUGGCGGCGAUGCGAACCCCCCGCAAGUUAAACUCUACCGACGGCGCGGGGAUAGUGUUAUACUGCCAUGCCGCCUGGCUUCCGGCUUGGACCCCGACACGGUCUUGGUCCGCUGGAAAUCAUCAAAAGACUCUUACCUCACUUCCGGUGUACGUGUACUCAAAUACACGAACCAGAUUGAGGUCGUCAAGACAUCCAAAAUUGAAUGGAAUCUUCUGAUUAAGUGGGUCACGGACACAUUCGCGGCGAAUUACACGUGCAUGUCAGAUAAAGAAGUGGUGCUGUCCAACGUACAGCUUCUGAUCUUGGUCGCUCCGAAAAUCGACAUUGGCGGUACAAGCUCACCGGAAGUGAACGUCGAUGAAGGCGGCACAGUGGAACUUACGUGCGCAUUUACUGGCGAACCCGUACCGAACAUAACGUGGUUUAGGGGUGACGACAAACAGCCUACCGGCAUCACGGGGAGCAAACUUGUUCUGCCUGACGUCAAGCGUUACGCUACCGACGUCUACACGUGUCGUGGAGAGAAUUCUGUUAGUAACGAGGAUCAUCAGAUCAAUCUUAUCGUGAGGUUUCCUGUCGAGGUAGACGUUAUGGAAAAUACCGUUUACGUCAAGAGGGGAGGUAUAUUUACGUUAGCGUGUAUCGCGCAAGGGGCUCCGUUAUACGAAACAUACUGGAUUGACGUUCAUGGUAACAAAGUGAUGUCUACAACAUGGAAAUAUGACUUUAACAUGGAAUCGGCAGGUGCACAUAUACCGGCUAAGUUCGUCACCUUGGCUUCUCGCACGGGUGCCUUGACCGUUUUCGACUUUGGACCGUACACGUGCGAAGCGAAGGGAGAUGGGCGCGUUGCCAAAGCAACUGUGAAUGUCGUUGAACUUAAGGAACUCAACUAAUUUAACGCCAACGGAUCGUAUGUCCCUGAUGCGAUUUACGACAAAAUAAAUCGAAAAUCAUAACGCUUUCGAAAUAAGCAGAACUAUGAUUGGGACUUGCGAAAUGUAUUGCCUUAAUGUGUAAAUAUAUUUUAAAGAUGCACUCUUACUCCCAAAUGAUAUUUACCUAAAUUAAUACAAUUGUUUUAAUAUUUGAAAAAGGAUGAAUACAUGUCGAAAACAAAGGUUCUUAUGAAGGAUACUGAGUUUAAGUUGAAAGAAAUGCACAUAAAACACGGUAUUUCUACCUCAUGAGACUAUAGUGGACCACAGUAAAUCUUUUAACAUUCAACAAUCAUUUAAUAUUUUUGCGUUUUCUGCUAUUAAAUACACGGUUACAAUCUUGUUAUCAGUAAUUAAUAUUUUCCAUAAGUGCAUUAUUUAGUAAGUAGUAAAAGGUUUAUCAGUCAAAAUUGAUGUGUGUUAUACAUGUGUAUGUAUAUAUUGAUUUUGAAUAAGAGUGUCACUUUAAAAGCAUGUAACCAGUAUUGGCGUAAAUGUUAAAUUUGGAUGCCUUGUGAUCCAAUAUAUGUUUGGUAUCAAUAGAAAAGGCUUUGCUUGCUAAUUACUCAUAAAUUUGGGAAAUAGAAGAACAUACAUUAAUACUAAAGUUAAUGCAGUUUGACUUUUUCUUCUUUAUUUUAACAGAAAUCUGAUGUAAAUUGUUGAUGAUUUGAAUUGAUAAAAUGAGUAUAUAAUUCUUAACCUAUUUAAGACACUAGACACCAGAUGGUCCCUAUAUCAGCAAAUACAGUAUUUUCUCAAAACAAGCCUAGAAUUGUCAAUACUAGUGUUAUGCUGUAAAAUUUCGAGUACUUUUGUGUAAUGAAGUUUUACGAAAUGUCAUUAAUACUUUUCAUGUUUCAUAAUUUUAGAAUAUUUUGUCUGUUAGAAACACAUUCCUGGUGCUUAAAGUGAAUUUUGAUAAUAGCCAAAUGGUUUCAUGACAUUUAUUACUCUAUUCAAACAUAGUUGUCAAACUUUAUAUUAUAGUAUACACAGCGUAUAGCAUUUUUAUUAUCAAUUAGUCUGUGAAAUUAUUUUUCUUGACAACCUAUCACUACGUCUUAAGAUUGUUGCGAAACUUUAGAUUGUAAUAUAAACAGAAUGCCCGGCUUAACUGAUAAUUGAGAUUAAGUCAGACAAUGACAUUUUUAGGGCCCAGCCCCUAGUGUCCCCUGCGUCUGGAUUAAUUGUCUCAAUUUCAUUGGCCAUGUAUUGGCAUGACUUUUUGUAACAUGUCCUUUGUCAUUGGAUGAUGAUAGUUUUGGCAAUUCUCUAAAAAGUUGUGUCUUUCCUCGCUCGAGUCACUUUUACUGUUGACUUCGAAGUGUUUCAUCUCAUAAUAAAACGAGGAAAUAGACACAUUUCUUGAUCCUUUUUAGGUAAGAAUUUUGCUUAUUUGUGUAAGGUUGUUCUAUCUUUUUUUAAUGAUUAACAGUUGUAUUUGAGACUUAAAUGUUUCCGUUUUAGAAACAUGCUAUAAAGUUAUUUCAAUGAUAUUGUAUUAAGUAUUUAAAGAUAAUUUAGAAUGGAAAAUCAGUCUUGAUAUGUUUAUAAAUGUAUUCAUACAUUCCUUAUAAUUAUCAUGUACUGACUAUGUAUAACUGAUUUAUGUAAGAAGCAUAUUAUUGUCUAUGGCUUAUACACCCAAGUCACAUCUAAGCACUGUACACUUUUCGGUCAUUCUUUUGGCUCCAUUGUUAGCUUUUCGUUAGAUAGUUAACUUAGUCGUUCUAUGAUCAGGAAGCGAUUGAGAAAAAAGCAGAAAUUUGUCAGUGAAAAAGUUUUAAGCUUAUCUGAUUCUUUUAAGACAGCAAAAGAUGUUGACAUAUCUCAGGAAGGAGUCAUUAAGAGUCGUCCACGCGGCACAAAACGUGGUGGUUAGGGAUCGAGACUGCCCUCUCAACUUAGCCAAAAGAGGAAAUGCCCCAAUUCUGAUGAUGACAAUAACGCAGAUGAUGAUAAUGAUGAUGUGGUGGAAGACAAUGAUGGGAAUAGAAAUGAAGAUUCUGACAAAGGUGAUGUAAGGAAUGAAGAUACUGAUAACAAUAAUGGUAGCAAGACUGUAACAAGGGAUACAAGUACAGAUUUAAACAAUGGUGUCCAGGAUGAUAUAACAGCAGGUCCAUCUAGUGCGAACCAGACAAACAACGAAGUAACGAUGAAACCGGAUGGUACACAGAUAGAUUCCCAAAAUGACGAAGGUAAAGAGCAGAGUUGGAAAAAGGCAGACAGAUGGUAUGCUGCAAAUAGGAUAUUGAAACAAAGAACUAAGGAAGGAAGAAAGGAGUUCUUCCUUGAAUGGUCAGAUACAAAAUCCAAGCCGUCAUGGGAACCCGAAGAUAAUGUGAAGCCUGAAUUGAUUAGACAGUUUUACAUUUAACAUACAAGAGUAGGAAAACGGAGAAAGCGUAAGCCAUAUACAUAUUUUAAAUAAAAUGGAUAUUUGUUGAUUUGAGUACACUUCACAGCUGUCAUAUAUGUUAAAGAUUUGAAGGUGUUGAACGUAAUUGUGUGUUCUGAUUUAAAAUAAGGGCCAAACACUUUUGUUCUUUCGUUGUUAAGAGCUCUCAGAUACUUAUUGUUCAUUGAUGUCCUUUUAUUUUGUGUAUGUCACUGCACUGGGACUUUUUAUAUAUUUAAUUGAACAUGUGGACCAUAUAUUUAUUAUCAAUUGAUAUGAAUGAAGGUUUCAAUCUCAGUAAGUCGCUUCUGGCCAUACUAAAGUGUUGUACUGCUGUAGUACUCAAAUAAGUCAUAAGUUAUCACCAUGUCAUUUGAAAGUAGGAUUUCUGUGAGAAAGUGUGUGCGCAAGUGUGAUGUGUGAAAGGUCUUUCUUAUCUCUUUUAUUUCUGUCCUCUUUCAUUUGAUAGGAAAUAAUGUGUACAUUUCACGCGUGUGUCGCUUUCCUGGUGGAUAACAAGUCAUUUUCUUAUAUUUUUAGUUGACUGGAGUCGACUCAUGAUGUUGAUGUCCUUCAUGAUUUUUGGUUCCACUUUGGUGUCUGGUAGUCCGACAGAGCUGCAACGGCUUAACUAUGGUGUAGUGUUUGAGUCACAGGAUCCAGUACAGCUCGCAACAGAGAGCUGGAUCCAUAAAUUUGCCAUUGAAUUGCCAGAGAGCAUAAAUAUUGUAGACCUGACGGGUUGUAGUGAAGGUCCAAAAACGUGUAAAAUUGUGAAUGAAGUGUUACUCGAAAUAAAUCAAGUUAGAGAGGAAACAGAAGUUAUGAUUAACAACACCAUCGACUCCAUUAUUAGGCUUAUUCCAGAGAGAAACCUUGUAAAACAACGUUCCCGUAGAGCUUUACUGCCAUUCAUUGGAUCAAUUUCAAAAUCCAUAUUUGGAACUGCUACAACAAAUGACGUUGAAAACUUGGCCAGACAUAUCAAUGCUUUAAAUAAACUCACUAGGAAUAUGGCCAAUAGUAUACAGCAACAUGACAACAAUCUUAGUUCAUACAUGCACACGAUGGACCGUAGGAUCGAGAAUAUUGUGGAAGGAAUGAAAGAGAAUGAAAUGGCAAUACAGCAUAUUCAAACACAAUUAUAUGAGACUUUCGGUAACUUGGAAAGAUCAUUCUCUACAAUGAGUGUUUUGAUUGCCAAGCAGAUUCAGAAGUCUAGAAAACUUGAACAUUUGUUUAACAAACUUCUUGAUGGCAUUUAUGAUUUAGUUGAAGGUAAGCUGUCCCCUCAUUUGGUUGCUCCAUCUGUGAUGGCAACCACUUUGUCGGAUUUUCAAGGAUUGUUGCAUGAUAAAUUCAGUGGCUAUAACUUAGUCUAUAAAAACCAUCAUGAAAUUUAUAAGAAUGUUGACAUUAUAUUUACACGUCAAGGCUCAAAGCUUUUUAUAUCUGUUAAGUUCCCCAUUUCUACAUUUAAUAAGCCAUUGUCACUGUUUAAGGUGAUAUCUCUUCCAGUUCCUAUUAAUAAUACUUCAAAUCAUGCAACUCAAUUGUUAGACUUACCACAGCUUUUUGCAAUUACUGGGGAUUCACAGUACUAUGGCACUUUUGAUAUGACUGAAUUAAAUAGCUGUAAAACAGGCAAAACUAAGAUUUGUACUUUCAAUAAAGCUCUUUACCCAAUAACACAUGAUACUUGUAUUUCUGCUUUGUUCAAUGAUGAUAAAAGCCUGAUAAAAGCAAACUGUAACUUCAGAUUUUUGAUUAGUCAUUUAUCAUCUGAGAUUUUGCCAUUAUCUCACACAACUAUUUUGGUAUACAAUGUAGAUAUUGUUGAAUUUGAUUGUAAAACUGGUCAGAGAAUGGUUAAAGGCUGUAACUUUUGUAUUAUACAUGAACCAUGUGAAUGUUCUGUGUCUACAGCUACCAUUUAUCUUCCUCAAAGAUUAUCUACAUGUAAUCAAAACACAACUAGCAGGUUACAUCCUGUUAAUUUAGCAUUGCUCCAACAAUUCUUUAAUGAUACAGAAUUACAGAAUAUUGAUAGCAAUUCUUUAUUUGAAAAUCCAUUGUCUGUGGAUGUGCCUCAAUUCCAAAUCUAUAAUCAUACGAUGCAAAAUAUAAUUGCCGAUGACAGAAAGGCACACCUUAGUCUGGAAAAGAUGGCACAGUCGGCUAAAACUGAUGCUAUGGUGUUUCAAUCUUUAACCGAUCCAUUGUUGACCGGAGAUAUUAUGCUGGAAGAUAACUGGCCCUCCACAGAUGACAUUCUCUUGUAUUGUACGACAUCCAUUGCUGCCUUUUGUCUGAUUGCUUUAAUCUUAAUAUCUCUUAAACUUAGAAAACUCAUGAUUGUAGUGUCUGUUCUACAAAAUACAGGUGUACAAAAAGUUCAGGCUACCACUCUACCUUCUUUCAUAUAUAAGAAGCCUGAAACCACUCCUGCACCAACAAAUUAUAUUUGGGAACAACUUGGCAUUACUUUAGAUCAUUACAUAUUAGCUUUUGUGAUUAUGUCAUGUGUGAUGGUGUCGGUUCUAUUAGUCAAAACAUGUACAUGUAGACUAAGAAAUAGAUCAUGUCAAAUUGUUCUUGAGCUCACAAAUGGAUUUUCAUGUGUCUUUGUGCCUAUUUAUAACCUUUCGAUGUGUCCCACCUACUGGAAUAUUAGGGUUCCACAGAGCAUUUCAUGCAUUUCAAUUCAAGGACUAUGGACACCCAUUUUAUCAUUUGACUGGGAUGAUUUUCAUGUGGAAAAUAAAUUAACUCAUCAAAAGAAUAAUGUAGCAUCCACUGUUAGAGUUGGUCCUCUAGCAGCUAGACGAAUUCGACAUAUCAUGCAUACUUCAUACUCAGCCAAUUUUUAUGCCAAACAUGGAAACCUGUUAAUCCCAUUGAACUAGAAAAUACCAUUGCUUUACAAAAAUUUUGAACUGUUGCACCUACAAAAGAAACUUGUGUAUUAUGUAUUAUAUAUCAUGUAAAAUGUUUAAAUACAUCUUUUCUCUUUGGACAGCUGUGAUUAAACCUGUUGGUAAAACGCCACUUUCUGUUCCACAGAACAGAACUUGUUUAAAAAAUAAAUAAAAAUAACAACAAUAUUUUGUGUAAAUAAUUUACAAUUCUUCUUGAUGUGAUUCUGUUUUUCAGCAUUUUGUAAUAUAGUAAGUACAGAUGCUGGAAAUGUAUAUAUUUUAUGAUGUUCUUUCACUGUUUUGAUGUCAACAAUGUGUAUAAAUGUUUCACAUGGUUAGUGUACAAUUUUUUUUAAAAACCCAUAGGAGCUCAAAUUAAACCACAGGAGCUAAUAAACACAAUUAGUCAAAAUGGAUAAUGUGUCUGUUAGAAACACAUUCCUGGUGCUUAAAGUGAAUUUUGAUAAUAGCCAAAUGGUUUCAUGACAUUUAUUACUCUAUUCAAACAUAGUUGUCAAACUUUAUAUUAUAGUAUACACAGCGUAUAGCAUUUUUAUUAUCAAUUAGUCUGUGAAAUUAUUUUUCUUGACAACCUAUCACUACGUCUAAAGAUUGUUGCGAAACUUUAGAUUGUAAUAUAAACAGAAUGCCCGGCUUAACUGAUAAUUGAGAUUAAGUCAGACAAUGACAUUUUUAGGGCCCAGCCCCUAGUGUCCCCUGCGUCUGGAUAAAUUGUCUCAAUUUCAUUGGCCAUGUAUUGGCAUGACUUUUUGUAACAUGUCCUUUGUCAUUGGAUGAUGAUAGUUUUGGCAAUUCUCUAAAAAGUUGUGUCUUUCCUCGCUCGAGUCACUUUUACUGUUGACUUCGAAGUGUUUCAUCUCAUAAUAAAACGAGGAAAUAGACACAUUUCUUGAUCCUUUUUAGGUAAGAAUUUUGCUUAUUUGUGUAAGGUUGUUCUAUCUUUUUUAAUGAUUAACAGUUGUAUUUGAGACUUAAAUGUUUCCGUUUUAGAAACAUGCUAUAAAGUUAUUUCAAUGAUAUUGUAUUAAGUAUUAAAAGAUAAUUUAGAAUGGAAAAUCAGUCUUGAUAUGUUUAUAAAUGUAUUCAUACAUUCCUUAUAAUUAUCAUGUACUGACUAUGUAUAACUGAUUUAUGUAAGAAGCAUAUUAUUGUCUAUGGCUUAUACACCCAAGUCACAUCUAAGCACUGUACACUUUUCGGUCAUUCUUUUGGCUCCAUUGUUAGCUUUUCGUUAGAUAGUUAACUUAGUCGUUCUAUGAUCAGGAAGCGAUUGAGAAAAAAGCAGAAAUUUGUCAGUGAAAAAGUUUUAAGCUUAUCUGAUUCUUUUAAGACAGCAAAAGAUGUUGACAUGUAUGUAUAUUGCUUCUUUGUAUACUUUUGAAACCAACGAACUCAGAAAUUGAUGUGAGACUUUGCAAUGCAUUGUUGGUUCAUCUAAUUGCUAAUUGUCAAUCAAGAUUAAUUUGUAAUUUAAGAGAAACUUAUUAUUUGACAUUAUUGAAAUCAUUAUUAUUCUGUAUUAUGAAAUGUUGUUAAUACUUAUGAUACAUGUAUAUGUACUGCACUUUUACUGUUGACUUCGAAGUGUUUCAUCUCAUAA